UCUGCAAACUGACUGGAAAUUCUAAUAAAAAUAUUAAAAUAUAUUUCGUAAUAACUCGACAUUAAUGUUAAUGGAACACUUGUACUAAAAAUAGUUAGCAUCCCCGCUUAACCCUCAGUCAGCGGUGUAAAAUUAUAUUUAUCUGUGAACCAUCUAGUUCAACUACGAACAGAAAAUUUAUUAAAGUCGAGGAUAGAAAAAGGAAACGCUUAGAGGAAAAUAUGCCUGCUCGGAGAAAGUUAACAGCGAGGCAGUUGAAACUCUUAAUAGAGUUUGCGGAAAACCAUCGCGAUAUAGCGAUGGGUCGAACCUCUGGGGGGCCCCUUGCUGUACAGGCUACACGGCAGGCUUGGCACACCAUAGCCCUCCAGUUAAACGCUGUAGCAGAUGGUGUAAAGAAAACACCCUACCAAUGGCGCAGAUACUGGAUUGAACUGAAGGCGAAAACCAAAACAAAGGCAGCAGAUUCACGGAGACAUAUUGUGAGGGAUUCAAAUGGUCCCAAUAAUAAACUUGUCCCCUUAAAUGAGGUGGAGAAGAGGGUCCUAGCACUAGUUGAUCCUGUGGCAGUGAAGAAAUUGCUUAAUGUGUGGAUACCUAUUGUAGCCAAAGCAGAGGUGCCUUCACCAGAGCCAUCUGUGGAAGACGAACUGCUGGGCGAGAGUCCAGCUGCAGAGGUGCAUAUAUCCAAGGUGGAGAGACCUCCAUCAGUGGAUAGCCAGCCAGAGAAUGAGGAUACGGGUGAAGAAGAGGAGUUGGUUCCUGAGCCAAUGGUCUCAACAAGAGAAAACAAUCUACCUCAGCCAAAUUUUCUUGUAUAUUCGGGCCCCCCGCCGCAACCACCAGUGUACAGGCUCAAGAAACAGAAGCAAGUGCGCAUAGAUGACAGCGUGCCCCGAUGGGCAUAUAACUUAGAGCGAAGACGCAUUGCUGCCGAGGAAAGGCAUGCAACGGCAUUGGAGGCCCUCGUUGACAUCCUUAGCGAUAUUAGGGAUAAUAUGCGGAGAAUUGAACCCCAGUAACCUCCCACUGCUAAGGCAGUCGGUCUUAACCAUUUGAAAAUAGACCUCCCACCUAAGGACACGGAACAAGGUUGGUAAAAAAAGAGCUCGCAGAAAGGACUGGUGAACAUUGGUUUUACCUAAACCAUUGAGGACCUCCCAUAAAAGUCCACAGUUGAUGAUGUUCUUCUAUUGAGCCUUCCAGUCAUAAGGUUGCAGUGGAAGUGGGUAUGCAGAAUUCAAGGAAGUCCUCACUUGUCUAAGGUGUAUGUAGGUUUUCAAGACUGCAUUUUUACUUCAUCUUGUAAGGUUACAGCGGACACUUGUGUAUAAGUCAUAGGGUAGCAUUGCAUAUUGGUCUUCAAGAAUUCAAUAUGACCUUCAUGAAUCUCAUCUGGAACCUCCCAAUCAACAGCAGUGAAAACAGAUAUUCAAGCUAACCUCCCACUUAUCAGCAGUGAAAACAGAUAUUCAAGAUAACCUCCCACUUUUGACACUAAAACAUGUCUUUGGAGGAUGUAAUCUAGAACCUCCCAGUCAUAUGGCCACAGUUCACAGGUAUUCAAUAUGACCUCCCACUUGAAAAGAUGCACAUGGUCUACAAGAUUUCAAAUAGAAACCUUGUAAGGUCAUAGUGUACACUGGUCUUCAGAUUUACUCCUGGAACCUCCCACACACUUUGGUCUUCCAGAAUUGGAUCUUGGUCUUGGCCACAACCCAAACAGCUGUGCCAGGACUUCAUUGAUUGGUAGUACCUUUAAAGAGAAGUUCCUAGUUAAUUUUAGUACAGACAUUAUGGUAAUAAAUUAUUUUUUGUACUAUU